GGAUCCGCGGGUUGCGGCGGAGCUGCGGCUCCGCAGGCCUGCGGAGGCUGCCGGGAGUUGUAGUUCCGGCGCGGGUCCCCCUCUGUUUCCCGGCGUGCCCCGCGGCGGCCAUGGCGGGGCGGCGCUGAGGCCCGGGCCUGCGGGCGGCGAUGGCCGGAGAACUGGCAGACAAGAAGGACCGGGACACGUCCCCUACCAAAGAGGAGAGGAAACGCUCCCGCUCCCCCGACAGAGACCGGGAUCGGGACCGGGAGCGCGACCGGGACCGCAAAUCCCCCGCCAAGGACAGGAAGCGGCACCGGUCCCGUGACCGGAGGCGAGGCAGCCGGUCGCGGUCUCGCUCCCGGUCCAAGUCAACAGAGAGGGAUCGCCGGCACAAGGAGCGUGACCGGGACCGCAACAAGAAGGACCGUGACCGGGACAAGGAUGGGCACCGACGGGACAAGGACAGGAAGCGGUCCAGCUUAUCCCCGAGCAGGGGAAAGGACUCCAAGUCCCGGAAGGAACGGGACUCACGGAAAGUGGAGGAGGAGGAGGAGAACGCCCUGAAGAAGGAGAAGGUGCAGCCCCUGUCCUUGGAGGAGCUGCUGGCCAAGAAGAAGGCUGAGGAGGAGGCGGAAGCCAAGCCCAAGUUCCUGUCCAAGGCGGAGCGGGAGGCCGAGGCGCUGCGGCGGCGGCAGCAGGAGGUGGAGGAGCGGCAGCGGCUGCUGGAGGAGGAGAGGAAGAAGAGGAAGCAGUUCCAGGAGAUGGGAAGGAAGAUGCUGGAAGACCCCCAGGAGCGCGAGCGCAGGGAGCGCCGCGAGCGCAUGGAGCGGGAGACCAACGGCACGGAGGAUGAGGAGGGCAGGCAGAAGAUCCGAGAGGAGAAGGACAAGAGCAAAGAGCUCCACGCCAUCAAGGAGCGUUACCUGGGAGGGGUGAAGAAACGGAGACGUACGCGGCACCUGAACGAUCGCAAGUUCGUCUUCGAGUGGGACGCGUCAGAAGAUACCUCCAUCGACUACAACCCCCUGUACAAAGAGCGGCACCAAGUGCAGCUGCUGGGCCGGGGCUUCAUCGCUGGGAUUGACCUGAAGCAGCAGAAACGAGAACAGUCGCGUUUCUACGGGGACCUGAUGGAGAAGAGACGGACGCUGGAGGAGAAGGAGCAGGAGGAGGCCCGGCUGCGGAAGCUGCGGAAGAAGGAGGCCAAGCAGCGCUGGGAUGACCGGCACUGGUCCCAGAAGAAGCUGGAUGAGAUGACAGACAGGGACUGGCGCAUCUUCCGUGAGGAUUACAGCAUCACCACCAAGGGGGGCAAGAUCCCCAACCCCAUCCGCUCCUGGAAGGACUCAUCCCUGCCCCCCCACAUCCUGGAGGUCAUUGACAAGUGCGGCUACAAGGAGCCCACCCCCAUCCAGCGCCAGGCCAUCCCCAUCGGCCUGCAGAACCGUGACAUCAUCGGCGUGGCCGAGACCGGCAGCGGCAAGACGGCAGCGUUCCUGAUCCCGCUGCUGGUGUGGAUCACCACGCUGCCCAAAAUCGACCGGAUUGAGGAGUCGGACCAGGGUCCCUACGCCAUCAUCUUGGCCCCCACCCGAGAGCUGGCCCAGCAGAUUGAGGAGGAAACCAUCAAAUUUGGGAAACCUCUGGGCAUCCGCACAGUGGCCGUGAUCGGAGGCAUCUCCCGCGAGGACCAAGGCUUCCGCCUCCGCAUGGGCUGCGAGAUCGUCAUCGCCACACCGGGGCGUCUCAUCGACGUGCUGGAGAACCGGUACCUGGUGCUGAGCCGCUGCACCUACGUGGUGCUGGACGAGGCGGAUCGAAUGAUUGACAUGGGCUUCGAGCCCGACGUGCAGAAAAUCCUGGAGCACAUGCCUGUCACCAACCAAAAACCCGACACGGACGAGGCCGAGGACCCGGAGAAGAUGUUGGCCAACUUUGAGUCGGGAAAACACAAGUACAGACAGACUGUCAUGUUCACGGCCACCAUGCCGCCGGCGGUGGAGCGCCUGGCCCGCAGCUACCUCCGGCGUCCCGCCGUGGUUUACAUCGGCUCCGCCGGCAAACCGCACGAGAGGGUGGAGCAGAAGGUCUUCCUGAUGUCGGAGUCGGAGAAGAGGAAGAAGCUGUUGGCCAUCCUGGAACAGGGCUUCGACCCCCCCAUCAUCAUCUUCGUCAACCAGAAGAAGGGCUGCGACGUGCUGGCAAAAUCCCUGGAGAAGAUGGGGUAUAACGCCUGCACCCUGCACGGCGGCAAAGGCCAGGAGCAGCGGGAGUUCGCGCUCUCCAACCUGAAGGCCGGGGCCAAGGACAUCCUGGUGGCCACGGACGUGGCCGGUCGCGGGAUCGACAUCCACGACGUCUCCAUGGUCGUCAACUACGACAUGGCCAAGAACAUCGAGGAUUACAUCCACCGCAUCGGGCGGACGGGCCGAGCGGGGAAGAGCGGAGUCGCCAUCACCUUCCUCACCAAGGAGGAUUCCACCGUGUUCUACGACCUGAAGCAGGCGAUCCUGGAGAGCCCCGUGUCCUCCUGCCCGCCCGAGCUGGCCAACCACCCCGAUGCGCAGCACAAACCCGGCACCAUCCUCACCAAGAAGCGGCGGGAGGAAACCAUCUUCGCCUGAGCCCCCACGGCCCGUGUCCCCUUCUCCGUCACCCCUUUGGGGUUGUCAGGACUUUGCUGGCCGCUCUUUUCCCAGCCCCUCGUGCAGCUGGAGCUGCGGACAGCAGAGACUGGGGCUGGGACUGUCCCGAAACGUCCCUCCUGUUCUCCCAAGCCCCCUCCCCACCAGUUUUGGGGCAGGGCGGGCGCUGGGUUCACGCGCUGGUUUUUGUGCGGGGCUGUCCCGGGAGUUGCGUUCUUGUUCCUUUUUUAGCUGCAAUUCCGGGCUGUGGGAAUAAACCCGCAGCCGCGGUGCCCAA